AAUAGAUAGGUUACAUGUCAUUUUCGAUGGCUUUAUGACACCCCUAUAAAUACCCCAUCAUUCCCUCCCUCCCAUUGCAGCAAUCGGCCACUGCCACACCUCAUCUUCUUACAAUCAUCUCCUUCUCCACACAGCAAGCAAUUCGCACCCAGCAGCCUCUGUUGGUUGCUGUUGCUUUGCUUUUGAACAUUUUUGGAGAUGCAAUCACUUAGCAAGAGCCUGCGCUCGUCUUUUUCUUUGAACCCAGAAGCCAUGGCCACCAAGAAGCAAGGAAUAGUCUCCAUUCUCGGGUCGGACUGUGAAAAUACCAAACCCGGAUCAAUUCGAAGAACUCUGUCUGCCGACAUGUCCUCAAAGAAAUCGCUGAUUCACCUUGGUUUCUCACCAAUCAAGAAAAUCGCUUCCUCCGAAGAGCUCCCGAAACUCUCAAUUCAAGACUCAGAAGAGGAGAAUAGCAAGGAAAACGAAACGCCUGACCAAUUCGACGUCUGGACUUCAAUUCAAGAAGAAAACAAGAAGAUCAAAAAGGAAGGGAUGGAAAAACCUGACCAAUUAGAUAUAUGGAGCUCCAUCAUAUCACAGAAGGUUCUAGAAGAUGCGAAAUCGCUUCCACCGCCUUACGUACAUCCUCUUGUAAAAAGAUCUUCGAGUUCUUUGAGUGAAAAGAGCCUCGAAAUUUGCACCGAGAGUCUCGGAUCCGAAACCGGAUCCGAAGGCUUCUCCUCUUACCCACCUUCGGAGACCAGUGACGUGGAAGACAAAGAACAAGAAGUUGUACCACAACAAACAGAGCGGCGACGAUGUUUUGACGAAGAGGAAUACUCGCCAGUUGUCAAGUACAAGAAGUCACCGCCAAGAUCGUUCCCUCCGCCGAUUCCUUCUCUCUCUAACCGUGACUGUUCUUCCCUGCACAUGCGCUCUCGCCGGGAUAAUGGCCGUCUGCUUCUCGAAGCGGUAUCUGUUCAAUCACAGAACAAUUUCCACGCUCAACGCGAAGACGGUCGUCUUGUCCUCACUUUUGUUAAUCAAGACGAGCCUAACUAUGAAGAAGAGAAGGAGAACGACAUGGAAGACCUUGCAGAAGAGUUCGAAGGAAUCGAAGAACAAGACAAAGAAAUCGAGGAGGAAACAGAGAAAGAUGCAGAGGAAACAGAGGAGGAUGUGGUCAUGGAUCAAGUACCAAACUUGUCAAGUGGAGUGAUUAAUUUCCACAAGUUAAUAACGAUGAGUAAGCCCAUGGGCUUGGCUGUUAAUAGCCCAACAUGGCCCAACAGGUUCCAUGAAAUGGUCAAAUUUGAAGAGGUGGUGGAAGUGGAGGAACCAACUCCACUUGCACAGUCACUCCCACCGCGGCCCCAAGCGGCAGCGGCGGCUGCUCGAAUGAUUUCACCACCGUCUGCAGCCGUUACGGCUAAAUCAACAACAGCUGCUGCAUCAUUGAAUGCUUAUGAGUAUUACUGGACCAUGGCAUCAUCAGCUGUUGAUAAAAAACUCAUUUUUUCCACGACUCCCAUGGAAAUUGGGCAAGAAAAAUUGCUAGUCUUGAGAAGUAAGAAGGGGGAGUACCUAGUCCCAUUAUUGAAGGGUUGCAAGGAACCCAGGUCAUUUUUGUUCUGGGGGCCCCAUUGCAUAGCUACUUCUUGAGUUCUGAUUAAUCUUCUCACAGUAUUUCCAAUCCAAAUCCAGCCAGCCUCGUGUCCUUUGUUAGUUUACUAUUAUUCCAUAUAAUAUCCCUUACCGCACUUUCCACUCCUUGAGGCGGCUGGGCUCUAUGUAGUCAAAUAAAAAGGAAAGGGAGGGAGGAUAUAUACAUCGAUUAAAAAGGGAUCAAGGAGAAAGAAGAGCGAGAUGACUUAACAGUGUUGUUUACCCAUAUAACUUGUGUUAUUAGUUGCCAAAACAAGAUCUUAGCAUCAUCUUUGACUUGGGAUGGUCUCUCUCUUUAUGCUGGAGGGCGGCUCCUCAGCUCUUUUUUUUUUUUUUUUAAUUUUAUUUGCUUUUGUAAUUCUUGGCCAAUGGUGUUUCUAUAUAGGUCAUUUCUUGCCUAACUGACGUUAAUUCAGGGGACAACAUGAUCCACGCUCGAUAUCAGUCCUUUCUAUAUGGAUUGAAGCUUGUUCAAUUACUGUGCUGGAUAUUUCUUCAUUACCAACACAUUUUUG